UAAUCGAUUGAAAUGUCCCAAUACAUUGAUUUAAGGUCCACUGUUUUACAAACAAGCGUUUAUGGAUGUCGAUUUUACGUUAGAAAUGAUUUUGGCAUAGCGUUCGCAAAUUCCCAGUGUUUUGAGUAACAUUACCAAACAAAUAAUCGUUUGUCACCUUUGCUCCAUCACUAAACAAGAAGGCAAAAAGGUUUAAAAAGCCUACUGACGAAAAAAGGACUGCAUAAAACUGUUCUAAUUUGUAAGAUCGUAAAAUAUUGUAAAACAGCAAUAAUUAGCUCCUCAUUAAAACCCGUACAAUUAUAUGCCAUCUCGGAAUGAUUGUGGAAUAUCAAAUUAAAGUUAGAUAAGUCCGCAUCGGGGGAGGCAGCACCCUAUCCCUAACUUCUUUCCCAUUUUCUGUACCGGCAUCAGCGCGCUCCUUUCUAUUCAAUGACAAUGUGCCAAAUCUAGGCAUUUUGACAAGAGUUUCCAUAUGCCAUAAGAGGAGCAUCCGAGAGAAGAAAGAAGAAUACGGGAUACUCUGUUAUACCAAAGGUCCCUGACAGACUGGAUGAGAUGAGAUCCUCAUGUAGUGAUUGCCAUGGAAACCUGUGAUUCCCCCUCUCUCUCAAGACAGGAAAAUGGGCCUAAGAUAUCAAAGCUACGUGAGACGACACAUCUUGAUAAUGAGGUGCCCGAGAAAGUCCCUGGGAUGGAGCUUGACAAGGAAAACAACCCUACGAACGACAACCUGAGGACGGCGGAGGAGAGCCCGAGAGAGAUCGCAUUUGGACUUAGUGCGGAGAAUGCGGCCACCGCCCCGGUCGCUUCAACUAAAGAUAUCCCUUGCAACGAAUGUGCCACUUCUUUCUCAAGUUUACAAACGUACAUGGAGCACCACUGCCCGAGCGCUCGCCUGCCGCCUCCGAAGGACGAGAACGAGAGCGAGGCCAGCGACCUGGAGGACAGCGACGUGGAGAACCUGAUGGGAGAGAUCGUUUACCAGCCUGAUGGCUCAGCUUUCAUUCUCGAGGACUCCAAAGAAAGUAGCCAGAUCGCCCAGCCUGGGCCUCAGAGCCUCUUUUCCCCAGCACUGUACCCAAACUCUCAAACUGCUGCGGGGGACAAGACUGAGCUGUCUGCCGCUGCCCCUAUGUCCUUCUACCCACAGGUGAUCAAUACCUUUCACAUCGCUUCAUCCCUCGGGAAACCAUUUACGGCCGAUCAGGCUUUCCCAAAUACCUCAGCAUUUGCAGGAGUCGGUCCUGUGUUGCACAGUUUCCGUGUGUACGAUCUCCGACACAAUAGUGAAAAAGACUAUCUAACCAUUGAUGGCGCUGCCAAAAACUCCUGUGUGUCCAAAGAUGUCCCCAACAAUGUGGACUUGUCCAAAUUCGAUGGUUGCAUUAGCGAAGGGAAAAGGAAACCAGUACUGAUGUGUUUCUUGUGCAAGUUGUCUUUUGGUUAUAGUAGGUCAUUUGUAACCCAUGCCGUGCAUGACCAUCGAAUGACCCUAAACGAGGAGGAGCAGAAGCUCCUUGGUAAUAAGUAUGUCUCUGCCAUCAUACAGGGGAUAGGCAAAGACAAAGAACCUCUUAUAAGCUUUCUGGAACCAAAAAAAUUAAAUUCUGUAUUACCCCAUUUUUCUACUGCAAACUUCAUGGGUCCUGACCCUGGCUUUCGUGGUCUGUGGAAUGCUUUUCAUGUUGAAAAUGGUGAUUCCUUGCAGGCUGGGUUUGCCUUCCUGAAGGGGAGCGCCAGUUCCGCCACUUCUUCGGCAGACCAGUCACCAAGGAACGCCCAGAUGCCAAAGGCUGAGAUCAACCUGGGGGGCGUGCCAGUAUCGGCGUCGGCCGCUGCGGCAAAGGCCAACCCCGGCAGCUCCGCUUCCCACCACCGCUCGUCGCCAGGCAGUGGGACCGGGGAUCAGGAGAGCAACUGUGAACGGCAGAAGGACGUUAGCACUUUGCAUUCAAAUGGGGAGUUCCCCAUCAAAAGCGAGGAGGUCGAGGGAGAGGACGACGAAGACAUGUACUCAAACGAACUUGAGGACAACGGCAUGAGCAUGGGCAUGGGCGAACUAGGGGAUAGUACCAGUAGCAAAGAUUUCCCUCUUUUAAACCAAAGCAUUUCUCCUUUAAUGUCCAGUGUGCUCAAAUAUACUGAAAGGGGUACCUCUUCGUCCUCUGCGACUGGUUCCCACGAGCUUGAGAAGACUAAAAUGACUGCUGUUGCGAGGGACAGCAACAACGACUUCGCCAACUGCAGCGGAAAGGAGUUUGCAGACUCCGUCGGUGCGAGAGACGGCACGCCGCCCUCCCACCCCAACGACCUGGCACACCGAGACGAUGAGAGCCCUGGCCCCCUGCACCAGCAAGCGACCACGCCCUCGAGCACGCCCGACACGCCAGGCUUCGGGGAGGGGUCCCCGGGCAGCGGCAGUGGCAGUGGCAUCGAGUGCCCAAAGUGUGACACCGUCCUGGGCUCGUCGCGCUCCCUCGGUGGCCACAUGACCAUGAUGCACUCGAGGAACUCCUGCAAGACCCUCAAGUGCCCCAAGUGCAACUGGCACUACAAGUACCAGCAGACGCUGGACGCCCACAUGAAGGAGAAGCACCCAGAGUCAGGCAGCUCCUGCUCGUACUGCCGCUCGGGCCAGGCCCACCCGCGGUUGGCCAGGGGCGAGAGCUACACUUGCGGCUACAAGCCCUUCCGCUGCGAGGUGUGCAACUACUCCACAACGACUAAAGGCAACCUCAGCAUCCACAUGCAGUCCGACAAGCACCUGAACAACGUGCAGACGCUGCAGAACGGCGGCACCGAGCCUGUCUACCAGCACCCGGCCCCUGUGCCCAGCGUCAGCCUGGCAGUCUGCGGAACGCCUUCGCCAUCCAAGCCCAAGCAGAAGCCGACGUGGCGCUGCGAGGUGUGCGACUACGAGACCAACGUGGCGCGCAACCUGCGCAUCCACAUGACCAGCGAGAAGCACAUGCACAACAUGAUGCUCCUGCAACAGAACAUGAAGCAGAUCCAGCACAACCUGCACAUGGGCCUGGCCCCUGCAGAGGCCGAGCUCUACCAGUACUACCUGGCCCAGAACAUCGGCCUCACCGGCAUGAAACUGGAGAACCCCUCGGACCCGCAGAUGAUGAUGAGCCCCUUCCAGCUCGACCCUGCCACGGCCGCCGCUCUUGGUCCUAACCUUGUAAAUAAUGAGGUGGAGUUCCGUCUGGCGAGUGGUCAGCUAAUGGGUGACGACCUGUCCGUGCUGUCGGCCAGCGAGCUGUCGCCCUGCAUCAGCGACCCGCUGCUGAAGCUCUUCCAGUGCGCCGUGUGCAACCGCUUCACCUCGGACAGCCCGGAGGCCCUGAGCGUGCACGUGAGCGCCGAGCGCUCGCUCCCGGAGGAGGAGUGGCGGGCUCUCAUAGGGGACGUCUACCAGUGCAAGCUGUGCAACUACAACACGCAGCUGAAGGCCAACUUCCAGCUGCACUGCAAGACUGACAAGCACAUGCAGAAGUACCAGCUGGUCGCCCACAUCAAAGAGGGCGGCAAGGCGAACCAGUGGAGGUUAAAGUGCAUCGCCAUCGGCAACCCUGUGCACCUGAAGUGCAAUGCCUGCGACUACUACAGCAACAGCGUGGAGAAGCUGCGGCUGCACACCACCAACCAGCGUCACGAGGCGGCUCUCAAACUUUACAAGCACUUGCAAAAACAAGAGAGCACGUGUAGCUCGGAAUCCUGCCUGUACUACUGCGCCCUGUGCGACUACUCCACCAAAGCCAAGCUCAACCUGGUGCAGCACGCCCGCUCCGUCAAGCACCAGCAGAGCGAGGGCCUGCGCAAGCUGCAGCUGCACCAGCAGGGCCUGCCGCCAGAGGAGGACAGCCUGGCCGAGCUCUUCUUCGUCAAGGACUGCCCGCCCGAGCCUGAGGAACCAGGUGAAGACUCCGAGGAGCCUCCGCGGGCAGCCUCUGUGGCCUCGGCCGAGGACAAAGACCCUGGCGGCGGCAGGGGAGGUACCAGGACCGCGAAGGAGCCCAGUGUGAUUUCAUUGGCUAAAGAGACUCUCAGCUCUUCUGCCGUUGGGAAGCGUUCCCAUAUGCAGGAAAAGGAGAAUGCAGCACCACCCAAGAGGCCCAAGUCAGCCGAGGAAAGGACACACACCAACGAGCAGGUGCAGCAGUGUCCGUACUGCAACUACAGCAGUAAGGACGCCAACCGUCUCCAGCUGCACAUCAUGUCCCAGCAUUCCAUGCAGCCUGCGAUCUGCUGCCCCUUGUGCCAGGACGUGCUUAGCAACAAGAUCCACCUGCAACUGCACCUGACUCACCUUCACAGUGUGGCCCCUGACUGUGUGGAGAAGCUGAUUAUGACUGUGGCUGGACCAGAUGUGGCAAUGCCCAAUAACAUGAUGUUACCUGGAGCAGACAAAGUCCCAUCUAUGAUGGAUUCUGUUCUGCCAGAAGGAUCCGGAAAGUCCAUUGGUAACAAUUCAAAGGAUGUCAAGAAUAGCAUCCCUCUAGAGAAGAGUGAACAAGACAUGAGUGAUGAACUGAAGCCCACUAAAGAGGCCUCAGAAGCCCCUGACUGGAAGAAAACCAGCGGGCAAGACUUGAAGAUCCCGGACACCCUCCAGGACCUCAGCGACCUGCAGAAGCGCCAGCAGCUCUCAGUCUCCGAUCGCCACGUGUACAAGUACCGCUGCAACCACUGCAGCCUGGCUUUCAAGACAAUGCAGAAGCUGCAGAUUCAUUCCCAGUACCAUGCCAUCAGGGCGGCCACCAUGUGCAGCCUCUGCCAACGCAGCUUCCGCACAUUCCUGGCCCUCAGGAAGCACCUGGAGACGGGACACCCGGAGCUGACCGAGGCCGAGGUGCAGCAGCUCUGUGGCAGCCUGCCCAUCAACGGAGACAUCACAGAGAGCGAAGCCAGGGCUCUAGAGGAAGCUCAGGUGUUUGACCAAGACAUUGAUAAAGACGACGAGCUGGACCAGGAAGGGAAAGCCAGCCCGACCGGAAGCGACAGCAGCUCUCUGCUUGACGACAUGGGCUUAGAGCCGAAGCGCACGCUGCCUUUCCGGAAGGGUCCGAAUUUCACAAUGGAGAAGUUCCUGGAUCCUUCCCGUCCGUACAAGUGCACUGUGUGCAAGGAGUCCUUCACCCAAAAGAACAUUCUUCUGGUGCACUACAACUCUGUCUCGCACUUGCACAAGCUCAAGAAAGUCCUUCAAGAAGCCUCCAGUCCCAUCCCCCAGGAGCCCAGCAACAACAUUGACAACAAACCCUUCAAAUGUAACACCUGUAACGUUGCCUACAGCCAGAGCUCAACUCUCGAGAUUCACAUGAGGUCUGUGCUUCAUCAGACAAAAGCCAGAACUGCCAAAAUGGAGAGCAGCGGAGUUGGUAGCAGCAGCAGCAGCAGCAGCAGCAACAUGGCAAGUGGCAACAGCGGAGCUGUACCAGCCAACAGCCCAGCACCUGUCAGUCAGGCCAACUCACUCAACGAAUCCUCAAGCCUGCCAGCGUCCAGUAGUAACAAAGACAACACUGCGGACACCAAAGAAGCAGUCAACAUGAAGCAAACUACUGACCACAUGUCUGCACAGGCCAGCCACCAGGCGAAUCAGGCCUCAGCGCAGCUUCAGAUGCAACUGCAGCACGAGCUCCAACAGCAGGCCGCCUUCUUCCAGCCACAGUUCCUGAACCCGGCCUUCUUCCCCCACUUCCCCAUGACUCCAGAGGCUCUGAUGCAGUUCCAGCAGCCCCAGUUCCUCUUCCCCUUCUACAUCCCGGGCGCAGAGUUCAACCUCAACCCCGAGCUGGCGCUUCACUCGGCUGCAGCCUUUGGGAUGCCGGGCAUGACAGGGUCGUUCUUGGAGGACCUGAAGCAGCAGAUGCAGCAGCAGCACCAGCUAGGCCAACAGCAGCUUCAGCUCUCCCAGCAGCAGGCCCAGCAGCAGGCCCACCUGUCCAACUCUGACAUACAGAUGUCCAAAGAAGCUGAAGAGCAUCUCGAAAAGCACGAUAAUAAAGCCAAACUGGAGAGUAUGAAUGAUGUGGAUGGCACAAAGGACGGCAGCAAAGAUCCCAAAAAGCCCAAAUUCUCAGAGCCACUUAUCCCCCCACCUCGAAUCGUCUCGGGUGCCAGGGGCAACGCCGCCAAAGCACUUCUGGAGAACUUUGGGUUUGAGCUGGUGAUCCAGUACAACGAGAACAGACAGAAAGGCCAGAAGAAGAACAAAGCUGAAGAGGAGGAGAUUGGCAUUGACAAGCUGGAGUGUGGGAUAUGCACGAAGUUGUUCUCCAACAUGUUGAUUCUCAAGAGUCACCAGGAGCAUGUCCAUGGUCAGUUCUUUCCCUACCUGGAGCUGGAGAAGUUCGCCCAGCAGUACAGAGAAGCCUAUGACAAGCUCUACCCGAUUAAUCCAUCUUCUCCCGAACCUCCUCCUCCCCCUCCUCCUCCACCACCCCCACCACCACCUGCUCCAGUCUCCUCCCUGCCAGCAGCCAGCAGCUCUGGAGGGAAGACCCAGACUCCAUCGCCAGCUCCUCUGCAGCCUCCUCCACCCCCCCCACCACCUACUCCACCUCCUCCAAGCGCGCCUCCUUCAGUGCAGCUGCCUGUCUCCCUGGACUUGCCCAUGUUCUCCCCAUUGAUGAUGCAGUCUAUGCAGCACCAUGGCCUUUCCCAACAGCUCGCACUGCAGUUGCCUGGCAUGGACUCUCUCUCCUCCAACCUCACGCAGCUGUGCCAACAGCAGCUGGGAUUGGAUCCGAACUUCCUGCACCAGUCGCAGUUCAAACGCCCCCGUACCCGCAUCACUGACGAUCAGCUGAAGAUCUUGCGGGCCCACUUUGACAUUAACAACUCUCCCAACGAGGAGCAGAUACAGGAGAUGGCUGAGAAGUCUGGUCUGCCACAGAAGGUCAUCAAGCACUGGUUCCGCAACACCCUCUUCAAAGAGAGGCAGCGAAGCAAAGACUCCCCCUACAACUUCAACAUUCCACCCUUGACCACCUUGGAGGACCUCAGACUUGAGUCUCAGAUGAAUACUUUGGAGUACUACAGGUCUGACGCCACCUUGAACAAGAGGUCAUCGAGGACUCGCUUCACUGACUUCCAGCUGAGGGUCCUGCAAGACUUCUUUGAUACCAAUGCCUACCCUAAAGAUGACGAGAUUGAACAGCUCUCCACUGUGCUUAACCUGCCAACACGGGUGAUUGUUGUAUGGUUCCAAAAUGCCCGACAGAAGGCUCGUAAGAGCUACGAGAACCAGGCCGAUUCAAAAGACUGUGAGAAGAAAGAACUGACCAACGAGCGUUACAUCAGAACCAGCAACAUGCAGUACCAGUGCAAGAAAUGCAACAUUGUUUUCCCCCGCAUCUUCGACCUGAUCACUCACCAGAAGAAGCUGUGCUACAAAGAUGAAGAUGAGGAUCUUGGAGAUGACAACCACUCUGAGGACUACAUGGAUAACAUUGAUGGGGGCUCCUCAAAGCAGACUGAGUCUCAGAAACUGCCCCAUGGAACGGCCACAAGCUCUGGGUCCAGCUCACCACUAAUGCCCUCGCCACGACCUGACGUGGAGAAGUCCUCACCAAAACCUGAACAAACCACUGAGAAACCAAAGCUGGCUGAGACUGUCCCCGCACAAGUGGCAAAGGCAUUAACUGAGCCGAGACCCUCCAAAGCUUCAACUCCUCAGCCUCCACCACACAAGUCCCAUCAAACAUCUACGACCAGGCCCCACUCACAACCCCAGUCAGCGGCCAUCCCAUCCAGCCCUCUAUCCAUGGCCCUGCCCUCUCUGACGAGUAACCUGCCACCUCAAAUGUUGCAGUACCAGUGUGAACAGUGCAAGAUUGCUUUCCCAACUGUCGAGCUAUGGCAGGAGCACCAACACAUGCACUUCCUGGCGGCCCAAAACCAGUUCCUGCACUCACAGUUCCUUGAAAGGCCAAUGGACAUGCCCUACAUGAUAUUCGAUCCGAAUAACCCACUAAUGACUAGCCAGUUGCUCUCGGGGGCUCUGUCUCAGUUGCCCUCACAAAGCUCUGCUUUGGCCUCCAUGCCGGGCUCUGGUCCCCUGAAACGUAAACUAGAUGAUAAAGAGGACAGUUCCAAUGAUAAAGACAGCGGGAACAGUGGUGAAGAUCAACACAGAGACAAACGUCUCAGAACCACUAUCACCCCAGAGCAACUAGAGGUACUCUACGAGAAGUACUUGCUGGAUUCCAACCCAACACGGAAGAUGUUGGAUCACAUAGCCCAUGAAGUGGGCCUGAAGAAGAGAGUGGUGCAGGUCUGGUUUCAAAACACAAGAGCCAGAGAGCGAAAAGGACAGUUCAGAACAGUUGGCCCAACCCAGGCCCACAAGAAAUGUCCUUUUUGCAGGGCACUCUUCAAGGCCAAGUCGGCUCUUGACAGCCACAUACGCUCGCGCCACUGGCACGAGGCUAAACAGGCAGGCUUUAGUUUGCCCCCUAGCCCAAUGAUGCCUCACGAGGACGGAGCUGAGAGCCCAAACAAGUGCAGUUUUUUUGAAUACCCACAGCUGCCCACAAAGAUUGAGGUGAAUGAUUAUGAAAUGCCGACUGCAUCCUCCACCCCGGUCAAACCAUCUGACGCGUUAUCAAAAAACUUUUUGAGCCCUUCAUCCUUUAAAGCAGAAAACAGUGAUGAAUUUGAAGGGCUCCAUAUAAAUUCUGCAGAAGUCUACAACGAAACCAACAAAACUGACUUUGAUGAGACUUCGUCGAUCAACACCGCCAUAAGUGACGCCACAACUGGCGAUGAGACAAACAACGAAGUAGAGAAUCUCACAGCGAACGGGGGCGAGAAGAUGGGCGAUGCUAAAAUGAUGUCGUCAUCUAACCCCGAUUUGUACGAAGACAGGUUCCCAUUCAGCAUGGUGAGCCCUUCCUUGAGUUUCUCUAGCAAAGACACUGAGCACUACUUCAGUGUCAGAGACGACGACCUAGACGAAAGCGAAUCCUCGAGCUUAGCUGACCCGAGCUCGCCUAGUCCCUUUGGAGGUUCAAAUCCAUUCAAGUCCUCAAAAGGAGAUAGACCAGGCUACAAGCGGUUCCGAACCCAGAUGAGCAACUUGCAGCUCAAAGUCCUCAAGGCUUGUUUCGGCGACUACCGCACACCCACCAUGCAGGAGUGCGAGAUGCUGGGCAAUGACAUUGGACUUCCAAAGCGCGUUGUGCAGGUCUGGUUUCAGAACGCGCGAGCGAAAGAGAAGAAAUUCAAAAUUAACAUUGGAAAGCCAUUCAUGAUCAGUCAAAGCUCCCCGGAUGGACCAAGACCUGAGUGUUCUCUAUGUGGUGUGAAGUACACUGCAAGACUUUCCAUUCGUGACCACAUCUUUUCCAAGCAGCACAUUGCAAAAGUGCAAGAAACCCUGUGCAACCAGGUGGACAGAGAAAAGGACUACCUAGCACCAACCACUGUUCGCCAGCUCAUGGCGCAACAAGAACAUGACCGUUUGAAGAAGGCAAAUGACGUCCUCAGCUUACCGGCCCAGCAGCAGCAACAGCAGUCUUCAGUGGACAGCAACACGCUCCAUGGCCUAAGCCUGCCCACUGGCUAUCCGGGAAUAUCAGGCCUACCGCCAGUGCUUCUUCCUGGCGUCAAUGGCCCAUCGUCCCUUCCAGGUUUUCCACCAAAUACACCUGUCAGUCAGACUGAGCAGCAGCAGCACAGCAAAGAACUCGAGAAAGACAAGAAGUUGGAAAAGCCGAUGAAGGUCAAGGAAAGAGAAGCCAACGCCGCCCAUGCCACCUCCCAGGCCCCGAGUGUGAAGAAAAGGGAAAAGGCCCCCCAGUCAGCGCUUAAGGGAAAAGUCGGAGGCGAGGUGCUGAUGGACCCAGCACAACUGCAAGCACUUCAGAAUGCCAUCGCUGGUGAUCCAAGCUCCUUCCUGGGGGGACAGUUCUUGCCUUACUUCAUGCCUGGCUUCGCCUCCUGCUUCUCACCACAGCUUCCCGGUGGAGUACAAGUCCUGGCCAAAUACCCUUUUCCAGGCUUCAGCCAGGAAAGCUGCUUCUUCUUCUUCCCCAUCUGCUUCUCCUCCUCCCCUUUCCUUGCCUUCAACGGUUACCUCAACUUCCUGCACCACCUCAGGGGCUCGGACCUCACUACCCACCGAGAGUUGUUCAGACGAGUCUGA